AUGCUCCUGCUGGAAGACCUACAGGAGGUGGCUACGACCGACCCUACGGUGGAUCCGGCGCUCCCGCUCCCUUGUGCCCCCCCCGAGGCUCCCAAGGCCGAAGCCAACAAUGUCCUUGGUGUAUUUGGUCUCCCCAUCCGCGCCCGUGAACGUGACCUCGAAGAUGAGUUCAUGAGGUACGGCGAUGUCGAAAAGGUCGUCAUUGUGUACGACCAGCGCGUGCAGCGCCAGAUCUCGGGGUUCGGGUUCAUUACUAUGAGAACCGUUGAGGACGCUACCAGGUGCAUCGACAAGCUCAAUGGUCUCAGCCUGCACGGACGAAACAUUCGAGUUGACUAUCCGGCCACUCAAAAGCCUCACCACUCGACUCCCGGACAGUACUCGUACAUGGGUGUCAAGAGGGGGGGCUAUGGCGGCGAUAACUAUCAACGUGAUGACCGUCAGGGCGGCGGCAGGUACGAUGACCGACGUGACUAUGGCAGGAGAGACGACUACUACUCCGGCUCGCGGGACAGCUAUGGCGAUAACCGUCGAGACAGAGACCCCUAUGACUCUAUGAGGGUCGAAGCAGGGGUGACGAAUACGACUACCCCAAGGACAAGUAUGCCGGCGACAAGUCUUACGACUAUGACGACCGAAGGAGUUCUUGUCGUAGCAGGUACUCGGCUUCUCCUCCUCGCAACGGGGGUGGGGGUGAGCCCCGCGACUAUGAUGCUCCUGCUCCCCGUAGCAGCAGCGCCUGGGACUAUGACGCCCCUCCUCCCCUUCGUGCCAACGGCGGGCUCUCGAGACUACGAUGCUUCUGCUCCUCCCCCUCCCGAUGUCCCCAGGUACUGGGAUGGCCCGGUCUCUUCCACUAUAUUGAGCGUCUCAAAAGUUCUCUACAAAAAGUCAAACCCACUCCAUCAAGUCCGCGUUCCGUAUCUGUGUCCUAUCAAGCAAUGCAAGAUGGCUGCAAGUGUAUUCAAGAUUGAGAUCAGGCGAGGCAACACGCAAGACGCAAAAACUCACAAGUCUUUCGAGUAUCAAGUCGCAAGCCGGUCAGGACGAUGCGAAGGUCAUGUUUCUUUUGUUCAGGAUCUUGUUCUGUAG